AUGUUUCCGACAGUCCCCGCUCCCUCAAGUCUCAAGUGCAGCUCACAGCUCCAGCCUUUGCCUCCAUGUCCCUUACUCAAUGCCUUACCGGAGAAGCGACUGGCUCGUCUGCUGCCGCUUGGCAGCUCCAUUUGUUUCCUUCUAGGCCUCGUGGCCUGGAGGCAAGGCAGUGAUGAAGCAUGCGUGAGGCGCUUGGGGACUGAAUCUCUGGCGCUGCAGGUUUCAGAAGAAGUCAAGAAGUUCAAGGGAUGUGCAGGCCCUCCCUUGCCUGUCAGCGCACUGCGCCACAGAGGCUUGGAGCCUCUUCGUGCGGAGAUAGAGAAGCUCCGGCUGUCAAAGGAACUUGUCAUUGGCAGACUCCGCCUCAAGGCGAGCAAAAAAAUGGGGGAUAUCAUGGGUGUCCCUGCGGCUAAUUUGGCAGAGGCAAGGCGCUUAAAGAAGGAGGCCCGUAAAAGGGAGAAGGCUAUGAGCUCCUCUUCGACAGCUGAACAGAAGAAGACAAAGACUAAACCAGGGCCAGCAACUACUGCGGCCCCAGGCGUACCUCAGGAACAGCCGCAACAACAGCAGCAGCAGCAGCAGGCGCAAGCGCUAGACGACCCUGUCGCGCGAGCUCUCGAACGUUGGGGAGCCCCGCUUGCCAGCACCGCCUCCGCGCCACCGAACCGGGGACAGACCCAAAGGGAAGGUGACGUAGCUGGUGAUAAGUUUUACGGGAGUGCUGCAACCGAAGCCCCCACAGCUGAGAAUAAAGGAAAUCUAAGGUGCGAACGUCGGAGGCUCGUGUCCGUCCCUCCUCAGGCUGCAGGGGGAGCAGACGCAUUGGUUGAAGCCGAGUUCGUGGCAGAAGAGGUUUCAGCGCUCAGGGAGAACUCAUUGAGCUCGGCGCUCGCCGAAGCCGUGGAUAGAGCUGAAGGAGAGUUGCCACUGCCAGAUAUGUCAUGCGCCGAAGCCCUUAUACGAGAUUUGCUGCCCCCUCCUUCUUGCCGGACUUGGCAGGCAUGCGAGUCUACACAGCCUAAGCGCGAGCCGCCUGCACAGGCUUUUUCCGAGAGAUCUGCGAACGAGACGAACACGGACGCCUUGCAUUCGCCUUCUCUGCGCGAGGUGACAAGUUCUGUGCACAGAGCGGAACCCGCCGACCCCGGCUGGGCUGCCCCGGUGUUUCGAGAGGUUUGUCUUGACUCCUCAGGCGCUGCUGGUAGCUCGGCGGUGUUGCAAGGCUGCGGGCCCCAGGGAGCGGGUUUCAAGGGCCAUGGAGAUCGCAACACCUUCCUACAGGCUCCUGAUCUAUCGAGUGAUGCAAGUCCCUUGGCGGCUCAAUACUCGAGACAGGAAGAAGCACAUCUGCAGCUGUCGGGGGAUGAGAGCCCCUGUGCAGCAGUGCAAGAUGACCUAUGGGAGGGUCCAACUCGGCCCGCCAGCAAACGGCCACUGGAUCUCCUCCGUGCAAAGGACUGGCGAGCGCGACGUGUUGGUCGGGCCGCUGUGGAAAUUGACAUGGGGCUGCCUGAAACAAAAGACGCAGCGGGCAACAUAGCGACGCUCCGCAUGGGGAGGUUCAGGGACCCUUCCAGACUUGAGUGCUGUUCUCACCGCCAAGAAGCAGCAGCAGCAGCAGCAGCAGCGGCAGCCCAAUGCCCGCAGGCGCCAAGACGCCGACUUUAG